UGAUUCUAUAUUUUAAAUAUCUAAAACAUUUUACACUUUAUCAUUCUGUGUUGGAAAGAAGAUGUGUGUGCAAGUAAAUCAUACUUAACAUAAAGACAUGUGUCCUCUUUUCUGUCAGGUAGAAGUACAUCCAAUUACACAGAGCCACCGGAGCAACAUGAUGAUCAACAGAACUUCAAUCAGAGCUCUGAAAAAAUAAAUAGGGAUUCCUCUGAGGGUAAAUGUGGUUAUCAGGAUGUUUUGAACCACCUGAACCUGACCAAAAAAAAUGAUCUGUACAACAUGGCCCGGCCUGUUAAACACUACAGUACAACUACAGUCAUACACUUCCAAAUGCUGCUGCAUAGCAUCCUAGAUGUGGACAGAGAUGGAUAAGGCUCCUCCGAGUCCUUUUCUCAGAGUUUUUUUUUCCGGUACGGUCAGACGUCUGAAUGAUAUGGUGUUGGUUAGCACUUGCAAGAUGCAAGUUUACAAAUUCCCGUUUGACAUUCAGAGCUGUGACCUAUCUUUCAAGUCUGUCAUGCACUCUGUCAAGGAAAUACAGCUUCGUGAACUUUUCGGCCCUUCAGAAGUCCUAAGGUGGUCACACAAGUUGAUGCGGACCCAGUACGAGUGGCUGUUCAUCAACAUGAGCAUCACCAACAAAAAUCUCCACCCAGAGGGUGGAAGGUGGAAUUCCUGGUACAGUGUAGGAUGGGUUGGCCAAGAUGGAGGUGGCCUUUCUGACCAAUGGCCUGUACCACAAUAUCACCAUGAAGAGGCGGUCUCUCCUGCACAUUGUCAACUUCAUGUUGCCCGUUCUGUUCUUCUUGUGUCUGGACUUGGCCUCCUUCCUGAUCUCAGACAGAGGGGGCGAAAAGCUCAGCUUCAAGGUCACUGUGCUGCUUGCUGUCACUGUGUUACAACUUAUUCUGAAUGAAAUUCUGCCUUCCACGUCAGACAAGAUUCCACUUAUAGUGACUUACUGUAUUGGGAGUUUUGCAUUGAUGAUGCUCAGCCUCCUGGAGACGAUUUUGGUGAUGCAUCUGAUGGACAAAGACUCUGCAUCCCAAGACAAUGAGGCAAAUAAAGACCAAAGCCUGAGUGAGGACUGUGGGGACAAACAUGGCAGUGUCAACUUACACAGCUGUUUGAGAGGGUAGCAGCAGCAAAUUGACAGAGGAGUCCCUUGACUCUGAAAAGGUCUCAGAUGACCUGAGGGAGGUGUUGAAAACACUGACAGUGCUCCUCAACAGCAGGAAGGAAGAACAAAAGCCCGGCUACUGGACAAGAGUGGCUAAAAGAAUCAACAAAGUUUUCUUCAUUGUCUAUGUCACUGUGGCCGGUCUGUUUUUAGCUUGUAUCUUUUUAAAGUGGUACAAGGCAGAUGAUCAGUAGUGCUACAGUUGAUUGAUUGAAGUCAUUGUUCCAUUUAACAUGGACCUUAACACAUUUGUUGUCUGUGUUCACCCCUGUAGUUGCAGAAAAAAAUCUACCCCAUGUUGCUUUAUGUAUGCCAUUGAGGGUUCACAGUUGCUAUGAACCAACUACAUGGAACUACAGGGAAAUUUGUUUUUGAAGACUGACAGCAACUUAUGCUGCAGUUUACUGUGCUGAUUACAAAACCUCUGCAAUCAAAUGAUUACUAUUGUUGUUAAUGUCAUUCUAAGUCAGCAUUACUUUGUGCUAUUCCACUGUGAACAGAAAGUUCAGUUCUAUCUCACACAGGCUCCGCUACGUAUCGGUAGCGACGUCCUAUUGGUCGGCUACGUGCACGAUAAAAUUUCAGUGGGCAAGUGCGUGCAUGUGAUUGGAGGAGGUAGUACCCUAGAGUCCAGUAGAGGGCUCCGCCUGUGCUUAUAGAACUAGGGUUACCAUAUCGUGACCCUCGUUUUAUAGCACAGCGCAGUCUCAGUCAAGAUCAGUUUUUCAGUUCACUUAAGUUUAUAGCUGAUCUUUUUUAAGCAAACCAAAUUGGUAUAACAGCUGACCCAAAAUUUUGACCUGCAAAUAAAUGAUUUUCUGACAGUGUUGAUGGACAAUUAAUCAGGUGUUGUGACCCCCCUCAAACUGCACGUUUAACAACAUCUGAUCUGGCAGAAAGUCGGCCUGAUUGUAAUAUUAGUUGGGAGCAAAAAUCUGGCUUAAUCCUAACAGUGUAAAUAUGAUACAAUGGAUACAUUUGAUCUGGAAUGGAUUAUUGAAUUACAUGUGUUGUAAAUUUUUCUUACAAAGAAAAGCCUACUGAUGUCUUCAGAUAUCUGUCAUGUGACUCUUGCCUUGCAGGUUGUAGUGGACCUUUGAGAGUCAAGUCUCCUAUUCUAACAAAUUGUUCUGAUGCAGGGCUGGACUGGGACAAAAACUUGGCCCUGGCAUUUUUGGCCGAGGCGGCCCACCAAAAUGUCGGACACCCACUCCAAAAUACACCAUUGAUCCAUUUAGGGGUUCAGGUUUGGGAUGUGAUGAAACACUGAGAUGUAAAAUUUGCACAAGAUUGUUGUCCAUAACUACAAGACAAGAAUAUGUAUUUAAUAGGCCUGCUAUUUCAAAAAAUAUUUAUAGAUGAAAUGUUUGAUAGGGGGGUCUGGGGGUCCACCCCUGCAAGAUUUUUAGCAUUAAGCACUUCAUUUCCUGCAUAAAAAAAAAAAGUGUUUAUUUUUAUAAAGGGAAGCA